AAUGUAAAUUGGGUUUCUCUCUCUAUCUCUCUCUCAUUUGAUGGCUUAGCUUUGUUUAAUCUAGUUUUGAGCUGAAGUUCAACUUUAUUUUGAGCUGGAUUCUUUUCUUUCGAAGUGAGUGAACUUGGGCUCUGUCAUUUGUGUUUGAGCUUGGAAAAUUGUUAAACUACGUAGAAUUUAGUAAUAGGGAAUAUAAAAUUGCAGUUUCAAAGUGGUAGAUUCUUUGGCAUGAGAAGAUUGAGCCUUUACUGAUUUCUAUUCUGAAGGGAUUUCAUUUUCCUCGCCAUAUUGUAAGGGUCCGUUAUGGCAUCUUCUUCCUCGUCUCGUAAACGAAAGUAUGACGUGUUUCUUAGCUUCAGAGGCGAGGACACUCGUGAUAAUUUCACUAGCCAUCUCUAUGAUGCUUUAUGUCGUAAAAAGAUCAAGACUUUCAUAGACAAUGACCUUGAAAGAGGGGAAGAAAUAACACCUGCCCUUUUGAGAACAAUUGAAGAAUCAUUGAUUUCUGUAAUCAUUUUCUCCAAAAAAUAUGCGUCUUCUCCGUGGUGCUUGGAUGAAAUGGUGAAGAUACUUGAAUGCAAGGAAAUUUAUGGACAGACGGUUUUACCAAUUUUUUAUCAUGUAGAUCCAUCUGAUGUAGAAAGACAAAGUGGGAGCUUUGCAGAUGCAUUUAAUGAGCUUGAGAAUAAUUUUAAGGAGAAAAUAGAAAUGAUGCCCCGGUGGAGGGCUGACUUGAUGAAAGCUGCUACUAUAUCUGGAUGGGAUUCUCGGGUGAUAAGGUCCGAGGCUAAACUUGUGAAAGAAAUUGUGGAACAUGUUUUGAGGAAAUUGAAUCAUGUAUCCUUAGAAGUUGCAAAGGCCCUGAUUGGAAUAGACUCACACAUUGGACAUAUUAAGAAUUUAUUACACAUUGGAUUGCCGGAUGUUCGUAUUUUAGGAAUUUGGGGUAUGGGUGGCAUAGGCAAAACAACUAUUGCCAAAGCUAUUUUCAACGCUUUCUCAUAUCAAUUUGAAGGUUGCAGCUUUAUUGAAAAUAUUAAGGAAGUAUCAGAACAAUUUGGUGGGGUAGUUCAUUUAAGAGAAAAGAUUUUUUCUGAAUUACUGGAGGAAGAACAUCUGCAUAAGGGAACGAACAUGAGAUCUGUUUCCAUUAAAGACAGGCUCCGGCGCAAAAAGGUUUUGCUUGUUCUUGAUGAUUUGAAUGAUGUAGAGCAACUGGAAUUUCUAAUAGAAAGGUGUGAUUUUGGUGUGGGAAGUAGGGUUAUUGUGACAUCUAGAGAUAGGCAAGUUCUUAAGAAUGCAGUUGAUGAGAUAUAUGAAGUUGAGGGACUAAAUGAUGAUGAAGCUCUUCAAUUGUUCUGUUUGAAUGCUUUUAACUGUCCUGCAAAAGAUAAUAUGGACCUAUCAAAAAGAGCUGUGAAAUAUGCUCAGGGCAAUCCUUUGGCACUUAAAGUUUUGGGUUCUUUUCUUUUUGAAAGAAGGAAACAAGAUUGGGAAAGCGCGCUGGAUAAAUUUGGAAGAAUUCCUCAGCCUAAAAUUUUCCAUGUGUUGAAAGCAAGUUUUGAUGGACUAGAUGAUGAAGAGAAAGACAUAUUUCUUGAUAUUGCAUGUUUUUUUAAGGGACAGCACAUUGAUUUUGUAAAGAGAAUACUAGAUGGCUGUGGUUUCUCAGCUGGCAUUGGAAUAAGUGUUCUUGUUGAUAAAUGCCUUGUUACUACUGUGGAAAAGAAGCUUGGGAUGCAUGACUUGUUACAAGAAAUGGCUCACGAAAUUGUUCGCCAAGAAUCUGCUAAAGAGCUGGGCAAACGGAGUAGAUUGUGGAGUUGUACUGAUGUCUGUCGAUUGUUGGCCAAAAAUCUGGGAACUGAAAAAGUUGAAGGGAUAUUCUUGGACACAUCAAAAAUGGGGGAAAUGGACAUGAGUUCCAGAGCCUUUGUGAGGAUGUAUAAUCUUAGACUGCUCAAAAUCUUCAAUUCUAAAGUUGGGAAUAACUGCAAAGUGCACCUUCCUCAUGGCCUUGAGUCUCUUUCUGAAGAAUUGAGGUAUCUCCAUUGGGAUGCAUACCCUUUGAGCUCUCUGCCAUCCAAUUUUCAUGCAGAGAACCUUGUUGAACUUAAUCUGGCUUACAGCAACGUUAAUCAACUAUGGAGAGGAGUGCAAAAUCUUGUGAGUUUGAAACAGAUAAAUCUCAGCAAUUCUAAGCACUUGACUGCAUUCCCAGACCUCUCACAGGCCAAGAAUCUUGAGAGAUUGAAUUUUGAAUACUGCACUAGCUUGGUAGAAGUUCCUUCAUCUAUUCGAUUUCUGGAUCAGCUUGUUGAUAUGAAUAUGAGAUGCUGCACACGUCUUAUGAGCCUCCCAAGUGGCAUUAAAUUGAGAUCACUCAAGACUCUUAACCUUUCUGGCUGCUCAAAUCUUAGGCACUGUCCGGAAGUUGCAGGGAACAUAGUGUAUUUAAAUUUAAAUGGGACUGCGAUAGAAGAGGUUCCCAAAUCAAUUGGGCAUCUAAGUGGACUCAUUACCUUGAAUUUGAGGGAUUGUAAGCAACUCAAUAAUCUUCCAGAAAGCACUUGUUUGUUGAAAUCACUGAUGAUUAUCGAUCUCUCUGGCUGCUCAAAUAUCACUUGUUUUCCAAAUCUUUCAGGGGACAUAAGAUACUUGUACAUGGGAGAAACUGCAAUAGAAGCAGUCCCCUCUUCAAUCGAUCAUCUCUCUAGACUCUCAUGUUUGGAUCUAAAGAAGUGCACAAGGCUUAAGAAUCUUCCUUCUACUAUUUUUAAGUUGGACUCACUUGAAAAUCUUAUUCUCUCUGGCUGCUCAAACAUCACCGAGUGUCCGCAGCUUUCAUGGAAAAUAAAAAAGUUGUUUUUAGAUGAGACUGCAAUAGAGGAAAUUCCCUCAUCAAUUGAGUUUUGCCCUAAACUUGUUGAAUUGAACCUGCAAAACUGCAAAAGAUUUCGUGUUCUUCCAAGUGGGAUUUGUAAGUUGAAAUCUCUGGAAAAGCUUAAUCUCUCAGGCUGUUACAUGUUUGAACAUUUUCCAGAAAUUUUGGAGGUUAUGGAAUCCUUGAGAUAUCUUUAUUUAGAUGGAACAUCCAUAAGAAAGUUGCCCACGCCAAUUCAAAAUUUGAAGAGCCUUUCUUGCUUGGAAUUGAGGGGUUGUACUCAUCUUCGCAUCUUAUCAGAUACGGCCUUAGGUGUAGACAAAUCAGGAGCACAUUUGCAAUACCUACGGAAGCUAUCUCUUGGAGGAAGCGGCCUGCAGAACUUGCCUGAUUGCAUAAGCUGCUUAUCUUCAGUAGAGGCGCUAGAUCUUAGUGGAAACUAUUUUCGUACGUUACCUAAAAGCAUCAGUAAUCUUACUGAGCUGCAAUAUCUCGGUUUAAGGAAUUGCCUGAAUCUAACAUUAAUAGAAGGACUUCCACCACGGCUGUCAAAAUUAGAUGCUUACAAUUGCGGGUCACUGGAAGCUAUGUCAAUUGAUUCAACUGGAGUUGAGGGAAACGUUUUUGAAUUUCUUUUUACUAAUUGCCGCAGGUUGAGUUCGAUGGCAGGGCAUGAUAUCAUGGCCUAUGCCCUAACAAAAUUCCAGCUUUAUGCAAAAAGACUAAAUAAUCAGGUCUUUCUCUCUCUCUUUGAUUUUUUGAAUUUUUAUUCACUAUCCCCCUUCUUAAGUCAUGAUUGUGGUGGUGCAGACGCCUUCUGUCCUAGCGGGGGAAUCUAGCGUUUACUUCCCUGGCAGUUACAUUCCAAAGUGGUUUGGCAAUCAAGCCAGCGGAUUUUCAACAACAAUCCAACUGCCUUCAAACUGGGCUAAUAGCAAGCUCUGGGGUUUCGCGGUUUGCAUUCUUAUCAGUGGCAAGUCCAACUUUGAUAAUUCUGGUUUCCAAGUUAAAUGCAGAUACAAUUUCAAAAAUGAGUGUGGCGACUGUGAUGACCUCCAUGGCUAUUUCGGUGGUCCAUAUGGUUUAAGAGCGAACCCAUUCAUGUAUCAUCAUACGUUUAUUGGGUAUGAUCCAUGGGUGCACGUUUUGAAAGAUGACCGGUUCAGUAAAUACAGUGAGGUUGUAGUUGAAUUCUACCCAGAAGAUAUGAAUUACCAUCCUGUACCAGUCAAUGUGGUACAAUGUGGGGUACGGAUGUUAUAUGCACGAGAGGAGAGUUUCUGUCGAUGUCGUUCCAUUACUCAGGAUAGAAUAUACAGGUUUGGCUCUCGAAAUCGUUUAUGGCGGUGUUUCGAUUUGGAUUGAUCAGGAUGAUUCUGACGCUUUUAUCUCUGAAAUAAUUAGCGAAGAAAUUCUACGCUAUGAAGGCGAUGAAUGCUGAGCAUGAGAAAUGCUGACACAGCAGCUUUUGAGAGAGGGAGAUUCUAGAGUGACCAAGUGAAUUCUCUGUAGGUAACCGCUUCCUAUUUUGUGAUAAAUAAAAUAAAGUGAAAACAAACUAUAUUAUGAAUUGGAAUCAAAUUACUUCUCCAUGGACGUUA